AUGGACUCAACCGAAAAGUCGCCGCAUAAUUCGGGAGUAUCUUCAGAUGAAGACACUGGCAAACAGAAGAGGAUUCUGCUCUUUACAAGCAGCGAGUACGGGCAGGCGAACGUCAUCCUCGCAGUCUCACACGAACUACUCAUUCUUCAAGAGUAUGAAGUGCAUAUCGCAUCAUUUGCACCUCUCCAAAAGCGUAUAAAUGAGCUCAACGAACUCCUGCCAGAGCAUGGAACUGCCGCUGUCUUCCACGCCAUCACUGGGCCAGCGGCUCUGGAUGCUCUUGCUGCCAAGGAUGAAUUUAUUGGACCAUUCCCGCCCGGAGUUACAGGUGCUUUGAACACGUACAGACUCACGUUACCUGCAAUGGCAGAUACAUGGUCCGAGUCAGAAUACAUGUCAAGCUACUGGAGAUGUUUAGAUAUUGUUGGCUCGGUUGAGCCUGACAUUAUCGUCGUGGAUCCGCUCAUGAGUCAAGGGCUGGAAGCAUGCAAUACACUCUCUCGAAAACAUGUGGUCUUGAGCCCAAAUACGUUUCUCGAGCUCUUGCGCAAAAAGCAAUCGCUAUUCUCACAGUUUUUUACUAUACCAACAAUUGCUUCGGGAUUCCGCUACCCAGUUCCAUGGCACCUGAUUCCUGCCAAUAUCUACCUCAAAAUAGCAUUGAUCUGGAUAUUAGUCACUUCACCAAAAGUCAAAGCACUCAUACGGUACCGCAAAGCAAAUCAAUUGCCCAGCCUGCCUCCAGUGUUCAAUAUCUGGCGAGAAGAUAAUCACUGCCUCGUACCAUCAGUGCCUGAGACUGAUUACCCUUGUCAUAUUCCUUCAAAUGUGACUCCAUGUGGACCAAUCCUCCUCCCGGUUUCGCCAGUCUCACGGCAGGAUCCAGCGCUCCUCGCUUGGCUGAAGGGUGGCCCAACAAUCCUCGUAAAUCUUGGCAGCCAUAUUCGUAUGGAUGAUACUAUGGCGCGUGAAUUUUCGUCGGGGUUGAAAAUACUGUUGGAUAAGAAGCCCAACAUUCAAGUCUUAUGGAAACUGAAAACAUCUGGAGGUGUAGCCGUGUCGUCCAAGGCCAAACCUGACAGUGGAUUCUCAGGCUCAGGUCUGAACGAAGCAUCGCUUGGCUCUAUUUCUGCGGAAAGAACAAAUGGCAGGAUCCGGAUUGUCGAAUGGCUCUCAGUUGAUCCUCUAGCAAUCCUCCAAACAGGUCUUAUUGCAUGUUCUGUUCAUCACGGUGGCUCGAAUUCAUUCCACGAAGCUCUCAGCGCUGGUGUCCCGCAGAUUGUGCUUCCAUGUUGGCUCGACACACUGGACUUUGCCAACAGAGUGGAAUGGUUAGGCAUCGGAGUAUAUGGUAGUCGAAACACCGCUCCCAAUGUCGAAGGUCUCGAACUUUCGCGGGCAUUUCUGAAGGUUCUAGAUGACAGUAACGAAGCCUCACAGAUGGCUUCGAGAGCCCGAGAGCUCGCUGAUAUCAGUGGUAAAGUAGGAGGACGGAAGAGAGCUUGUGAGAAAAUUGUUGAGCUGCUGGAGAGCUCUUGGUGA